AUGCUGUCUCUGGAGCUUUACUACGAAGCUCUGGCGUCCACAGGGACGAGGAAGUCGGCUUUCCGCAGGCGAAAGCGAAAGAAGAGUUUGAUCCCCGGCUCCAAAGACAGUCGAGACGCCUGGACUCUCGCGCUGUUGCCUGAGGCAUCGUCGGACGGUCCCCCCGUCUUCUCUUUUUUGCACCCGGAGAAAAACGCGUCCGCCUUCUUCGAUGACACACACGCGCCCCUCAAGGCCGACAGCGACGGCUUUGGCCAGCCGGCUCUCGGAGAUGGAACCUCUGGCCUCUCUUCCUCGUUCCCCUUCGACAACUGCGGAGACCUGGUCGCCCUCUCCCGAGACAGCGCGACGUACGGGUCCUUGCGCCGCAGUUCGACGUCCUCGCUCUCGUUUUCGGAUCUGCCGGGCGACGAUGGGGCGCGUCCUUCUCUCGGUCUGCAGUCUCCGUCGCUGUCCAAGUCGAGCGAAGCCUUCUCGCCGCUGCUCCAGCACGCGCCGUGGCCGUCGAGAGACGCCGAGGCCGACGAGGCAGCUGAGCACCUGCGCACCACUUCCUCGGCUUCCAUCCUUCCCCCCGCAGCGCUCUUCAACAGAGUACCCGAUCGGCGUCGCCGUGGACCCUCGCGUGGCGUCGGCGGCCUGUAUGGACAGGGCGGCGAGAGCGAAGCCAGCAGAAAAAGCGACCGGCUCUCUUCGCACCUCUCGUCGCUGUCUCGGACGAGCUUGGGGGGGAAAGGGACGCCCGACCGCCUUGGCCUACAUGACUGGCGGCUCGUCUCCGCGUGGGGCGAGGACACUCUCGGCAGAGACGGGGCAGACGAAGGCCGACGCAGCGCAGGCAGCGCGCGCCUGAGUGUCUUGAGCUCGGGCGGCCGAGGCGCCGUCAGUGCGUUUCUCCGAGACGACGAAGACGUCGGGAGCCGGAAAGACCAUCUCUUGGACGAUCCGUUCUUCGACGACCGAUUCUUCUUGCCUCAGGAAGACAGCGGAGGCGGACCGGUGGAGGGGCGAGACACCGAACUCGCGGAGGCGAGGGUGGCCCGGGACGCGUCCUCGCUGCUCGCCCUCCCGUGGGAGACCGGUGGGAGAGAAGAGAGAGACGAGGGAGAACAAGACCGCGCGGCCAGGAAGCGACUCAAGGGCGAGAAGCAAGCACUGCGCCUGACGUGGGAUGCCCGAGAAGAGAGGCUCGCGUUCCUCACCUGGAAAGGGAGAGGCGCCAGAGAGUCGGAGUGGAGGACAUCCCUCGACGCGGAUCUCCUGAGUGCGGCAGCCAAGCAGGCGGAGCGAAUCCGAGAAGACGCCGAGGAGAGAGAAAAAUCCGUCUUCCUCCAUUCGCGCCAAAAGUCGCUCCACCCAGCGACGUGGCACACAGCAUGCUGCGCUCUGCACUUCGAGGAAGAACUGAAGAAACGAAGGGAAGAGACAGAGUGGGCAGAAAAACUCGCGACGACAGGUCAAGGCGACUCAGGCGGGAAGGCGAGCAAGAAAGUCAAUGGCGCCGAAGAAGACGACUGUCUCGACCCCCGCGACGGAGGCUUCCUUGCGGGGGACUUGCUUCUUCAGCGGCAUCUCUUCAAUUCGUUCGCGAGUCCAGCGCAGAUGCCGGAACUGCUGGCGUGCGUACGCGCAAAACGUGGCGCUCUUACGCUUUCCUGGGACAUUGCCACGUGGCAAACUCGGUCAGAACGUGCGGCUGCCGCCAGCGGCUGGGCGUCGAAUCGCGGUUUUCGAAUCAGCACAGAAAUGACUGGAGAAGAGGCUCGACAGAACCAUGGGGGACGGCGCGUUCCGCUGGAGUCUAAAACGCGGGUGUCUUCUCUGGACGCGAACUUCCUCUGUUCUCCCUCGUAUGCGGAGAGUAGACGUGCAGCUGCAGGCGCAGAGGAGGGAAAAGACGGAAGAGAGCGAGGAGCGAGAGACGAACGCAGCGAACGUGGAGGGAUGCUGGCAACGCGCAGAGACAGCGCAGAGGUGAGGAGAGGUCGGUUCUCCGAAUUUCGCGACGAAGACCCGUUUUCAGACGAUUUCCUCAGACACAAUUUCUUCGAAGCCCCGGAUGCAGAUAGUUACAGGUCGAUUGCAAUGGACGGAGGCCACACACGCACACAAGGAGACAGCGGGGACCGAGACGAGACGACUCUCGCGCUACAACAAACGGAAAAAGAAAACGAACUGGGGCCUUCUGCCUGGCGUCUCCUGGCUGCAGUGAAGCAUCGCGCUUCUGCUGGCGCGUCGACGCGGGAUCCCUCUGCACGCUACACGUCUGCUUCAUUCUCUCCUUCCCUUUUGGGCUCAAAGCGCGGCGAGAGUGAAGAGAAACGUUUAUCAAGGGAGGAACGGGGAGCGCCGCGCGUGUCGCUUCAAGCGGUGGUUGCAGGCCACAGCCGACUGACCGCUGCACGGGCGUUCCGAGACGCCCUGUUGCUGCAUGCGAAGGGAUUUAUCGGUUUAGAUCAAAGUCCCACCGAUUACCAGAUGCUCAACAGAGAAGAAGGCCGGUCGCAGGUCUUUCCUCCGGUUUACAUACACCUCAAGACCGAGACGGCCGAGAACACGACUCACGCGCCUCUUGCUCCUUCCACUUCAGCCCGUGCCGGUGUGCCGCCGCCUUCGUUUUCGGACUUUCCGCCUGACCAGGGUGAGAAUUCUUUGGGGGCCGACGCUUGCAAGAAGUCCGCGAGUGUGGGGCGCACGGCGGCAGAAGGCGAGGAGUUGAGGGUGGAAACGUGUGCAGUGAAAGAGGAGCGCGAGGAGACCGAAGGCGCGGCAGAGCGUCGUGGACGACGGCUCGCCCGUCCUGCGGAGGUCAGAAGAGACGCCGCGACCGGCAGACGCGUUUUCUCUGGCGACCGCGGAGCCUCAAAAGAGCCUUCCAGAGCGUGCAGCUCUGAGCAUUCGGGGGGGGGGCCAGCCGUUGAGUGGAAAGGCAAUGCGGAGAGAAAAGAGAGAAGGGAGAGACAGGUGACGUGUUCGGUCGUUCGCUCGGGGCAGCUCUCGAAUUCUUUCCCGGGUAGGCCCGACGUUCGUCACUCGGGAGACUUUGACGCGUCAGGCGCGGCUAGGGUUCCCCGAGACAUGGCGGUGAAGCGGGAGGAGAGGAAGAGGCCGCUGAAGCGAGAACUCGUAAGGCAACAUCUGUUGUCUGAAUCAGACGAAGACAUUGUCGUCGAGAUCGAGGCCGAGGACGACCUUGAAGCGUGUAUCUCUGAGAGCCUGAAAAGAGGGCGUCAGGGGAGCACACCUUCGGUUGCUUCGACUCCAAGGGGAGAAGCCGGCAAACGACGCACGCCUCGCCGUCCGUCUUCCUCUUUUUCCUCGCCUUCUUGUGGAAGCCUAUCCCCUGCGUCCGCUUCGACCGGUCGUCAGCAGGAAAGAAGCUCCACACUCGACGGGGCUGCGCGUGAGGCCAGGGACCUGAGACCAACCGCGCCGGCGUCGCCGACGCAGCAAGAACGCGAACAAAAAGAGAGAGAUGACGAGAAUUUAGUCACCGACGAGCAAGUGGAGGCGGCAGUAGAAACCAUGCUUGCUCAGCUCCUUCAUGGUCUCAACGAACAAGACAGGAUUCACUCUGGGUAUCUAGUUGACUGGUACAUCGAGGAGCACGUAGGGCAGAGGCUGCUGGAAGAAGAGGCAACCCGAAGAGACUCACUCGCAGGACAACUUGACCGAGAGAGAAACUCUAGGUUUCCUUGUCCGCGUGUUGCGUGUGCCGAUGUGUGGCGGCGGAGACUCCACGCUGCCCUAGACACACUCAUUGCAGAGGAGGUGAUCUGCGGAGAAGAGAUUGUUGAGUCCAUUGCGGACGACGUUCACGGAGAGACCGACGGGAAAGGGGAAGGGACGUCGAGGAGCCUCCCGUAUCGUCUGUAUUGGCUUACAGGGGUUGCAGCGAUUGAGGCGUUAUCUCAAGAAGAGGAAGGGUAG